AUGACUGGGGAUCCUGAGGUGCUGGAUUCCGCUGUGGCUUCUGACGAAGCCCAGGCACCCAGCUGUCUCGGCACCCUAUUCCACCAGACCCCCCAGGCAACCGUGGGGCCACAGGUCCCCACCACGGUGACCCCAGCCAACCCCAUCAAGCCUCUGAGCCCGCCGCGAAGCCCCGAGCCGGGGCGCUAUGGCCUCAGCCCGGCCGGCCGCGGGGAGCGCCAGGCGGCCGACGAGUCUCGCAUCCGGCGGCCCAUGAACGCCUUCAUGGUGUGGGCGAAGGACGAGCGCAAGCGGCUGGCACAGCAGAAUCCGGACCUGCACAACGCGGUGCUCAGCAAGAUGCUGGGCAAGGCAUGGAAGGAGCUGAGCACGUCGGAGAAGCGGCCCUUCGUGGAAGAGGCGGAACGGCUGCGCGUGCAGCACCUGCGCGACCAUCCCAACUACAAGUACCGGCCGCGCCGCAAGAAGCAGGCGCGCAAGGCCCGGCGGCUGGAGCCCGGCCUCCUGCUCCCGGGCCUGGCGCCCCCGCCGCCGCCGGAGCCCUUCCCCGCGGUGCCCGGCCCGGCCCGUGCUUUCCGCGAGCUGCCCCAGCUAGGCGCUGAGUUCGACGGCCUGGGGCUGCCCACGCCCGAGCGCUCGCCGCUGGACGGCCUGGAGCCCGGAGAGGCUGCCUUCUUCCCGCCGCCCGCGGCGCCCGAGGACUGCGCGCUGCGGACCUUCCGCGCGCCGUAUGCCCCGGCCGAGCUGCCCCGGGACCCCGGCGGCUUGGGCGCGCCCGGCCCAGGUGCGUAUCCCGGCCCGCUGUCGCCGCCGCCAGAGGCCCCGCCGCUGGAGGGCACGGAGCCGCUGGGGCCCGCCGCCGACCUGUGGGCCGACGUGGACCUGACCGAGUUCGACCAGUACCUCAACUGCAGCCGGACUCGGCCCGACGCCGCCGGGCUCCCGUACCACGUGGCGCUGGCCAAGCUGGGCCCACGCGCCAUGUCCUGCCCGGAGGAGAGCAGCCUGAUAGCCGCGCUGUCGGACGCCAGCAGCGCCGUGUACUACAGCGCGUGCAUCUCGGGCUAGGCGGC